CUGCCCGGUAGUUCGAAAUAAAUUCCCCCUUCAGGGCCCUGCAUAUGCAUUCGCAUUUUACCCCCUGCAUUGCCUCUCAGCCAGCCAUCCAGUGUCUCUACAAGAUGAAGGCCGUCUUUGUGGCGUUGGUGAUUUCAUGUCUUGUGGUUUGCAGUCUCGGGGAUGAUGGAGCUGCUGAGUUUGUUGUUCGUCAAGCAAACCAAGUACAAGAUCGAUGCAGGUGCUGGCUCCGUGGUACGCCGCCAUGCCCAGGUGCCAUAUACAUACCAACUUCUGCUUUCUUUUCUAUGGUUUUUCAGGCUUCACUGUUUUAUUUUUGUUUCAUGUUUCUGUCAGGACCGCCCCCACCAGGAUGCACGGAAAGUCCCAGUUCAAGCCCAAAGGCGAGUCCAUCUCCAAAGACCAGCCCAACACCCAGCCCAUCUCCAAAGACGAGCCCAACACCAAGCCCUUCUCCAAAGACCAGCCCCGCUCCAAGUCCAACUCCUCCAAAGACCAGUCCCGUUCCAAUUCCAACUCUUCCAAAGACCAGCCCCGCUCCAAGCCCAUCACCUUCAAAGACCACCCCCACUCCAAGUCCAACUCCUCCAAAGACCAGCCCCGCUCCAAGCCCAUCACCUCCACGGACCAGCCCCGCUCCAAAUCCAACUCCGAAGGCCAGUCCCAAGGCAUCAGGAGGGUAAGAUCAUCACGCUGCGACUCCAUAAGCACACGGCAUGACUCCACGGAAUAAGCCAGUGCGUCUCAGGGGACCUUGAUCUACGGCUCUCAUGACUUUAAAGAGCUUUGUAUUGUAUUGUGUUGUUCUUGUCCAAGAAUGCCUAGAACUUGUACACUUGGUCUUCGGUGUAA